GGAAGGGGAAGGGGAAAAUAUAGUGAGGUAUUUGAAGGUAUAAAUGUGGCAAAUAAUGAAAGAUGUGUCAUCAAAAUUCUCAAACCAGUUAAGAAGAAGAUAAAGAGGGAGAUUAAGAUACUUCAAAAUCUUUGUGGAGGUCCAAAUAUUGUGAAGCUGCUAGAUAUAGUUAGAGAUCAGCAUUCAAAGACACCAAGCUUGGAACUGUGUUGUGAUAUCAAAGUAUUGCCUCAUUGCUAUGUGAUUAUGGACAAUAUGCAUUAUUGUUUCCCCUGGAGAAGGUUUAUCUCUCCCAAGUUAUAUGUUUCUUUGGUAUUCUAUUUACAAUCAGGUUGGUUUUGUUAGGGUAUUUCAUAUUUAGAAAUUUUAACGCAUCAUGUGAUUCUGCAAAAGCACCUUGGUUCAUGAUCUCAUAUAUGAAUAUGUAGUAACUAAGUUUUUUUGUUUUUCCUUUUCCCUAUCAUAUUUGUAUCAUAGAUGAAUUUUACAUAUGCAUCUUAAAUUUCUACAUUUUAGACAAGAAAUAUUUUCUAGUAGAAAAUGAGGAUAAAUGUUUUAUAUAUUUUGCUAGUUUAUGUGAUACGAGAUAUCUCUAAAUAUUCUCUCUACCCUAGUAUUUAUUUAGUUAUUGAUUUGCAUAUCUUUCCCAUAUAAUUAGUUUCUUAUUCUCUAAGUAAGGUAUUAACAUUAUAAAUAAGGACAUUGUUAUUCUUUUCUAUCAUUCAAGAAAUAUCAAAUUAUCUUAUUUUCCUUUUAUCGUGUUUUACUUUCUUUUGCAAUCCUAAAUCUUGGUUUGAUCGACGUGCAAAGCUCCCGCGACUACCGUUUAUCGUGUUAAGGGAACUUCAUCCUUAACAAUUGGUGCUUUCAUCUUCGCAACUCAUGACUCAUACCGACGGGAAUCAACACCAUCAACCUUGGGGAGUGCCACGCCCGAGGGAGUCAUCGCUGCUGGUGGAGGCUUCAUUGGAAGAGUUCAUGACCUCGCAGCUUGAGCGUGUCGCAGCUGCACUCAACAAAUUAGAGGCCCGACUUGACGCUGAUGUUCUUCGAGUAAGCGCAACACAGGCGACGCCACACCCGAUUCCUGCGCCCCCCUUUAGCGCACCAAGGCUUGCAUCGGGGUACUAUCCGCGCCCCGAACCUGACCCACCCGACGGGCCGCCUCUGAACGCCACUGCACAGCCGCCUUACGCGCACUACGAACCACCGACAUACACCGUCCCAGACACCUACAUCGCGCACCAGCAACAUCACCCCUACCUGGCCCGACAACCCACUUGCUGGGACCCACCAUGGUCGAGCCAGACGACCUCAUACCAGCCGGAGCAGCAAGACCGUGCGUGGGACUACGCCUACGGACCUCCAUCAUACCAACACGCCGAGCCCUCCUGGAAGCAGCACAACCCAUGCUUGGGCACACCACCUUGGCAGUCUGAUCACACGGUAUUGUACCCAUCAAUACCACCGCCGUUGCCCCAGCGCCCGCUCUCCUGGGAUCCAACGAGUUUCCAGCCCUUGGCAACAGCACUGCUGCCUGCAGCUGUUGCUCCUCCACCUCAUGCCUAUGAUUCCCGACAGCCCUCGCGUCUCCACCUCCCGAGCUCAAUGAAUGAGGUUAUCUCUGAUCCCGACCCUAAUCUUUUCUGCUUCAAAUCGUUGGUGUCUCCUUUCCAUACAGAAGAAUGUUUUCUGAAACUAAAUUCAUCCACCCAAAACAUGUGCUCAAUCGAGAAUACAUUUGAAGACAACGUCAAAGAUUUGGAGAAAGAGAGUGAGAAUGAGAGGAAAAUGUCGGAGGAAUCUCACAAUUUUGAUGAUAAAAGUAUUAAUAAUGGUGCGUUCGACGCCGAUGAUAAGUUGAUCCCUCAACGCAGCGACACAUUGGACAGGAGCCUGGACUCUACAGUACGGAGCUCACUUAUGGGUCCCUCUAUGGAGCAGUUGCAAAGUGAACAGGUGGAUAAAAUCAAAGAGCGUUCCUGCCCCGAACAUCUUGUUGUAGUGCGGAAGCCACUGCUCCGUUCUACAAGUCCCUACUCAGCACUCACACCGACCGCUGCUGCUGUCCCACGGCCACCACAGCCGCACCCACCCUUCUAUUCACGAUCUCGAUUCGUCACAGACAAGGACAGAAUAUGGGAGGAGGUUCCUCGCAAUGUUGUCGUCGCCAUUGGCGCUAAUGUUGCAAGUAUUAAUCAUCGUUCAACAACGCUCGACACUGACGGCCGGUUGAUCCCUCCGCGCAACGACAUGUCGUGUACAAUUAUGUAUUGUCACAAAUUCCUAUUGACCAAGUAUGAUGAGAAGGCUGAAGUAGCAGAUGCUCUAGGAGGGUGGAGUUGUUCGACGUAUGUAGGAAUUUGGAAUUGCAUUGUGUGCAUAACAAAGAAAGAUGACACCGACGAGAAGUCCAAGAAAGCUAAAAAUGCGUUCUUUUCCACAGUGGAUGUCCUUACACUUCGUCGGCUUUGUGCAAGUCUUGAGCAUUUGCAUACAUUUGAUCCAGGAGGGGAGGUUUCACCAAAGCUUAUGUCCGCGAUGAUCUUCAUUGUGUUGUGGUUUCCACCUUGAGGACAAGAUGGAUUUUAACCGCGGAGGAGUUGAUACGAGCAUAUCUCUAAAUAUUCUCUCUACCCUAGUAUUUAUUUAGUUAUUGACUUGCAUAUCUUUCCCAUAUAAUUAGUUUCUUAUUCUCUAAGUUAGGUAUUAACAUUAUAAAUAAGGACAUUGUUA